AUGUAUCUCCGAUCCUCCCUCUCCUCUCUCCGUCGUCCUCUGUUCUCGACAGUAUCAUCGACACUACCAUCCCGAACAAUGUCCUCCUCCGCUACCCCCGUUGAGGACCUCAUUCGCGAAAAGUUAACGACCUCUCUAACCCCCUCAACCCUCCUCAUCCGUAAUGACUCGCAUCUUCACGCGCACCACGCCCCGAUGCAGGGGUCGACGUCUAGGGAGACGCAUUUCCAUGUAACGAUUACAUCCCCAGCGUUCCAAUCGAAGAUGCAAGCCGCGCGACACCGGAUGAUCUACGCUCUACUGAAAGACGAAAUGAGCCGGGAAGGCGGGAUUCAUGCUCUACAACUCAAAACGAGGACGCCGGAGGAAGAGCAGCGGGAGCUGGAGAAGCAGGGAUAG